AUGCCCAUACGCUUUUAUCCCAGAUCAGUAUCACAGGGCAUACGGAGAUGUGGUGAAGCUGGAACAAUCACCCAUCUUUUUCAAGUUGGGCUCGGCUACAGCACAUUUCCAGUUUCGGCAUUCAGUUUUCAACAUGAUCCAGCCAAAUGUCAGAUUGCCCGUAACCACCUCGGUUUUCGACCGCGUCAGUACAAGUUCUGCACAGAUCCGAAACUGGGCUAUGCCAUGCUGUCAGUUCUGAGGGCCGCCAGGGCCGUGGGCUUUCACUGUCCGGAGGCCUUCAGCGACAGACGUUGGAACUGCUCCUCCAUCACCAAACUUCCCUGGGUUUCGCCUGAACUGAAGCUCGGUGAGUUGCGCAUUCAGACUGAAGCCUAG